CCCCCCCCCACCAUUCCAAACAUCGAAAAGCGAACCGAAUCCAGACGACUCCGCAUAUAACGCAUAUAAUUUAAUAGCGGCGGCAUCAACAUGGUGGACAUUAACCUGGAGUGUGUGCACUUUAUUGAGCCGAAGACCACCCGGUCCACAGAGCAGCAGCAACAGAAUGUGAAAAACGCAUACCUCGAGGCGGUGCGCAUUUUGUUGGUUCUGCUGGAGAACGUACUCUCCCAGCCGAACAACACAAAGUUCCGCACAAUCCGUCUGGAAAAUAAGGCCAUCAAGGAAAAGCUGCUCUCCCUACCGGGCUGCGAGAGGCUGCUAGAUGCCAUCGGCUUCAGACGCGCCCCCAAUUCCAACUCUUAUACGCUUCCCAGCGAUGUUUCCUUACAUCAGAUUCAGAAGUACCACGACGUACUAAGCGAGCGGCGCACGGCUUGGCUCAGUGGAGCCAUGCCAAAAGGUCCAGCUCAAACAACCGCCGCCUGCAGCACUCCUUCGCCGUUGUUCAUAAAACCAUCGGUGCAUUAUCGGCAACGUAUUACCUUUCCGCGAGUGCUGCGUACGUCCAAUCGAUUUUUGCAGUCACUGGAGCUCUAUUCAGAUGCCGUUAUGCAGUAUGAGGACGAGCUGCUGUUGGCAGCUGGCCGCAGCUUAAUUCCAGUUGACGACCUUACCUCCAAGGCAAGCGAAAAGAUGAUCGACAUGCAGGACCUUAUUGCAUCUGGGGAGUGCAGCCAGAAAGAGCCUUGCAUUCGAGAUCUCUUGCUGGUUGAGCUGGUGAAUUGGUUCAACACGCAGUUCUUUGAGUGGGUCAACAACAUACAAUGCCAGGUGUGUGGCAGCGAGGAGAGCAAGCUGCGCCGCACGCAGACUGAAGGUGAUGUCCGAGUGGAAGUCAACGUCUGCUGUGGCCAGGAGAGCAAGUUCUAUCGUUAUAACGACAUCUCCCAGCUACUAGUGUCCCGGAAAGGCCGCUGCGGCGAGUAUGCCAACUGCUUUACAUUCCUUUGCCGUUGCCUGGACUACGACGCGCGCCUGGUACAUUCCCAUUUCGAUCAUGUGUGGACUGAGGUUUUCUCGGAGACGCAAAUGCGCUGGCUACAUGUGGACCCCUCGGAUAACGUGGUAGACUCGCCGCUUAUGUAUCAGCACGGCUGGAAACGCGCCAUUGACUAUGUAUUUGCCUAUUCCCGUGACGAUGCCCAGGAUGUGACCUGGCGCUACACAAACAAUCAUCAAGAGAUUCUGCAGCUGCGCAAGCUGUGUGACGAAAAGGAGCUGAUUCAAACACUCAACGCCAUUCGAGAUAAGCGCCAGCAGAGCUGCAGCGCGGAGCGGAAAAAGUACCUCAGUCAGCGAAACAUGUUUGAGGUCAUCGGCUUGACCCUUGAGCGCAAACCGACAGAGAACGAGCUUAAAGGCCGGAGCUCAGGAAGCUUGUCAUGGCGUCAAUCGCGUGGAGAGCAUACCUUUACCAACAUUUUUGUGUUUUCUCCGAACGAAGCUGAGCUAAAGAAAUACCAGCUAAAUUUGCGCUACAGCUGUGCCACAGACACUUACGAACGCUACACCAAAGAUGACGGACAGAUUUCUUUGCUGGAUACCUAUAAAACAUGGCAAAGUGCUCAAUUUUCUUCGAAAAAUAUCUAUCGAAAGGUAGAGCGAGAUUGGAAAAUGGCAUAUUUGGCGCGUUUGGAGGACACGGACUGCGCUGAGAUCAUUUGGAAAUUCGAUUUUUCUAGGACCAAUCUGAAAGUGAAGUCCUACAAACUAGUAUUCGAAACGAAAACAUUUGGCGAAGGCAAAAUCGCCGUGUCAGUUCAAACCAGCGAUGGAAAGGAUUUCAUUGAGAACUCUAGUGAAUUUCAGGUAGUGGCCAAGCUGACGGGCGGAAAGGGCGAUGUGGCAUGGCAGCACACGCAGCUUUUCAGACAGAGCCUAAGUUCAAAAGAGUAUCCCUUCGAUCUACAAGUAGAACUUCACUAGAAACCUACCAAAAUUCAAGUAAAAAUGUAAAUAUUGAUUGACAGUCUAGAUACAAAUAUUGACUAUAGGAACCAAUAACAUAUACAUAUGUAUGUUUGUAUGUAUGGACAGGGUACCAAGUGCCAAGUCCUUUGUAAUUAAAAUUAAAGGGCAUGCCUCAGCGAACAUUAAAUAAA